CUAACAUUGACCCUGUUCCUGUCUGUAUGUCCUGCUGCUCGUGAUAUUCCGUGCUCUCACGGAAGGAUGUCGCACGGCUGUAGGAGUAAGAACUGAAACGAACUCCAGGUUGGAGUGCAGUGCUUGACAUUUUGAUGACAGGCUGAGGUUCUGUCAUGUCCGCGAGGUGAUAUGACGCUCAGUGUGGUUUGACUGUUAAGUAAAGAGACAGUGAGUUUGUGGGCAACCAGCCUAGUUGAUGACCAGAUUCACGUCCAGCCAGGACCCGAACGUUUCGGUUGUGAGUCCUCCGUAUGCGGGGAAUAUUUGUGGCCUCCUUUAGUAAGGAUUUAAAGUCCGAUAUCUCCCAUGCGCGAGGAUAACCAAAUGAGUACGCCCGUACGCCCACAAACGCCCACAGCGUGCCCAGGAAUGUAUACUUGUAGGACCGGUCUGGCGUGGCCUGCAUAUUAAACUGAACCUGAGCCUCUCAAGCAACACACACUGGCAUUCUCGUGGAUGUUGUCAGUCGGUGUCGGUGGCAAGCGCGAGAGCAACGUGAAUCAGUGUCGUUAGUGAGGAUGGUGUGAGGGCCACGAGGAGGGUGGUCGUCCUGGGUUACGAGGAACGACUAGGCACGACAUGUGGCCAGCUGGCGGAGACGACCAGGUGUGAGUGUUGACAUUCAGCAGGUCGUCCUCCAAGCUUACCACCUCCUCCUCCUCAGUCUAUCGAGGACCCACCGAGGAUCCUCUCGGCCGGGUAUCCUACCUUCCCAGCCUGUUGGCACCGUCACUCGCAGCCAUGGAAGGUGACAACAACAACAACAACAACAGCAACAGCAGAGAGAGCGGGGAAAAUAAGCUGAAGCCCCCGCCCGCCGAGGAUAAGCCGAACGGCGAGAACCACAAGCACAGGAGGAAGAGCAGAGAAAGAGACAAGGAGCGAGACGAGAAGAGUCGCAUUCCCACCUACCAGGUGAAGCUCGAGCGUGUGCUUGGCCUCACGGUACCCAGUAACGCCGCCCUCGACUGUGACCCGCACUCCGGACAGGUCGCCUACCCCGCUGGGUGCACGGUUGUGCUGCUGAACCCCCGCAAGAACCGGCAGCAGCACGUGCAGAAUGCCUCGAGGAAGAGCAUCACGUGCGUGGCCUUCUCGCCGUGCGGCCGCUACCUGGCCACGGGCGAGUGCGGCCACCAGCCCUCCGUCAGGGUGUGGGACGUGGCCGACAAGACGCAGGUGGCCGAGUUCCAGGGACACAAGUACGGCGUCUCGUGCGUGGCAUUUUCUCCAACUCAGAAGUACGUAGUGUCUGUAGGAUCCCAACAUGACAUGAUUGUGAAUGUGUGGGAUUGGCGAGGAGGAGUAAAGGUCGCUUCCAACAAGUUUUCCAGCAAGGUCAAGGCUAUCAGCUUCGCAGAGAAUGGUUCUUAUUUUGUUACUGUAGGAAACCGCCAUGUGAAGUUUUGGUACCUUGAAGUGGCACGAGGCUCCAAGUUUAAGGAGCCAGUGCCCCUGACUGGACGGUCUGCUAUUCUUGGAGAACAAAGAAACAACUAUUUCUGUGAUGUUGCUUGUGGACGUGGUGAUAUGGGAGACUCUACUUUUGCCAUCACCAAGUCUGGCUUGUUGUGUGAAUUCAAUAACCGAAGGCUGCUAGACAAGUGGGUGGAGCUAAGAACUUCCAGUGCAAACUGUGUGGUGGCUGGGGAGGAAUACAUCUUUGUAGGCUGUGCAGAAGGUAUUAUCCGAUGCUUCAGCCCCUAUAAUCUCCAGUUCAUCACCACCCUGCCUCGCACUCACUACCUUGGUGUAGAUGUAUCAAAAGGUUUAACUAUCAGUCACAUGGCCGCUCACCCAAACAAUGCCAAGUACCCUGACACCAUAGCUGUAUCCUUUGAUGAAAACAACCACAAAGUGACGGCUGUUUAUAAUGACCAUUCCAUGUAUGUGUGGGAUGUCAAGGAUAUAAAGAGGGUUGGAAAGUCCCACUCCUACCUGUACCAUUCUGCCUGUAUAUGGGGUGUGGAAACCUACCCCACAGAGGGAGAGGGCGGAAAAGGGGUGAUGCCUCCUGGGUCGUUCAUCACCUGCUCUUCCGAUGACACAAUCCGAGUCUGGAAUAUCGACUCUGCCAUGCCCUCAAAUACUCUGUAUAAGAGGAAUAUUUACAGCACUGAACUGCUCAAAAUCAUGUAUGUGGACCCAGAGUUGGGUUUCAUCAAAGACACAGACGUUAACCCUCAAGGUGGGGAUAGGAAUGACACCUCAUACGAUUCCCGCAACGGCGUCAGGUGCAUCAGAGUGAGCCCUGAUGGCAAGCACUUGGCUUCUGGAGACCGGGCUGGAAAUAUCAGAGUGCAUGAAUUGCAAUUUCUGGAUGAGCUUUGCAAAAUUGAAGCUCAUGAUGCUGAGGUGUUGAGCCUUGAGUAUUCCCGCCCAGACACUGGCCACAAGUUCCUAGCGUCAGCGUCUCGAGACAGAUUGAUCCACGUGUUUGCAGUUGAUCAGGAUUACAGCUUUGUGCAGACCUUGGAUGACCAUUCCUCGGCUAUUACUUCAGUGCGUUUCUACCAAACCCAAGGAGCCUUGCAAAUGGUGUCUUGCAGCGCUGACAGGUCGAUCAUCUUCCGAAGUGCAACACAGACACCCCAGAAUGAAGUGUGGUUUUCUCGUGGACACAACGUGGCUGGAAAGACAACACUCUAUGAUAUGGAGGUGGAUCAUGGUCAGCGGCAUAUACUAACAGCAUGUCAGGACCGUAAUAUUCGCGUUUAUAAUGUUAACACUGGGAAGCAUUCCAAAACUUUCAAGGGCACAAUUGGAGACGAUGGAACCUUGAUCAAGGUGGUCUUAGAUCAGAGUGGAAUAUAUGCUGCUACCAGCUGUACGGACAAGAACAUGUGUAUAUAUGACUAUUAUUCUGGGGAAUGUAUGGCAACUAUGUUUGGGCACUCUGAGCUUGUUACGGGACUUCGCUUCACCAGUGACGGCAAGCACUUGAUCACAGUAUCUGGUGAUGGAUGCAUCUUUCUGUGGAGAAUGCCACAUGACAUGUCGCAGACCAUAACUGCACGCAUUGCACAACAAGCAGAAAGAGCUUCCAAAGAGAAGCGAAAAGUAAGGCAGCCUAUUGAUAAUGAAGAUUUCAGACCCGCAUCUGAAGAUAUAUUUGAUCAGAACGCCAACGAAGCAGAAGAGCCGGAUUAUAGAUUUAGUAUGGGUCAGCUUCCUUUGUGGGCUAAGAAGCAAAUGACAGAACCACAAGGACCAGCUGGGGGUGCCGGCGACAGGGGCACGGUGGACAUGCCAAAAGGACGCUGGGCACAGAGGCUUCAUAAUAAUGCCAUAACAUUCAAAAGUCAUUAUGAUACCGACUCUGUUAUACCUUUCCCUGCUAGAGAUAAACGUCAACCAGACUCAGAGUCCAGUAAGGAAAGCUCACUGGAAGACAGCGUUGGAGUCCACAAACAGUACCAGUCACAAACAUCACGUAGAGAUAACUUAAUAUUACCAAAUAAAGACUCAGGUGGCGACCCUGGCUUCAUUCCUUGCCCAGAGAGCAUGAAGGAAAUUAAUUCAGGGGAAGGCAGUUUUCAGGGCUCACCAUCUAAGAUCAACACAAAGAGAGGAAGUGAUCCUGAGAGCCGCAACAGACACCACACAGAUGAUAGUGAUGUCAGUAGUCUGAGAGUGGACGAUGGAGCAACAGACCAUGAUGGAGACAUUGAGGAUUACAGCGAGCAUGAUGAUGAGAGCACUGAGCCGGAACAUUCUGAACACUUGAUGUAUUACCCUCAUAAUGAUGAUACAGCAAGUGAUUUUACUGUUAAUGCAAUGGAUGUCGAGGAGCUGCGUCGUUCCCAGCGCCGUCACAGAAAAGCAAGACCUGAGAGACCCACGGACAUUCCGCUUGUUUCAGUCUCUGGUUCUCAGGAUUCAGAUGAUGAUGAUGAGGUCUCUACUCCAAGUGCUGAUACUGCAGAGCGCAACAUUAUGUCUAUGCUCAAUGUCAGCACAGAGAGCAUUGACAGAGUUGGUCGACGUGAGACUUUCCUCAAGUCAAACUUCGAGUCACUUGAAGGGGAGACAGUGCGACCAGAAAAAGAAGUCAAGAAUAAAAAUAGUAUAUCUUAUAAAUUUAAUGCAAGAAAUAAGGAUUCUCAAGUCUCAAACAAACGGGAAGAACUUCUAAAGAGAAUUGAAGAGACAAGAAAGAAGCUGCAAAGUAUUGGAUAUAAAAGUAAUCUUAGAAGCAGCAAGAGUAUCUCAGACCUAAGCAACAUUCCAGAGAAAGAUACGUCAUACAUGUCAGGGAACCAAGAUGGCGGCAGUGGAGACAGUGGGUUCAGCAGCAGCCCCUGUGGUGGUAGUGGUGGUUUACGUCGCGCCUGCUCUCUGAGUGACCUCACCAACCCCACCACCCCACGACGCCUACUGCCAACUCCCCCUACGGUUGGAGGAAAGAAGAUGGGUGGAAAAUCCAACAGCAAAUCCCCUGGACGAUCACACUCCUCCUUGUCUCGGUCUAGUUCUAUUGGGGUUCUAAAUCAGACUGGCGAGGAUGGUUCGAGAAGUGACAGGCCCAUGAGACCAACCAUUGCUUCCAUAAACAAGAUGACGCCUCGUGCUCUCAAGAGGAAGGCGUCCCUCUCACAGGCUGUCUCUACAGGUGAUAUUCGGCAAUUUCAUGAAGAUUCAAGCUCUGAAGACACGUCUCCGUCAGAACACAAGAAUAUGCGUAGUCGUACCUUAGGUGGUGAUAGGCGUGGCAACCUUCCUACCCGUGCUGUGAGUGAGCGCGACCUCACCCGCAGCAGCAGCUUGUCCAGCAAGUCGAGAGGGGAAGCCGUCCGCGGACGCUACGCCUCGGCUGCAUCGCCUGUAUCCAGACGAGGUCUACCCAAUUCUGACAUCAGCAGGCCAUCAUCUGCAGCUUCCACUGUGGACAUGAGCCCUGAGGAGUAUCCAACGAGGGAUGAUCUCUCCUUCAAAGACUUAGACAACAUGCCUUUGAGUGUGGGAGUGGUGGAAAGUGUCUGUGAGUGGGUAGUAGAAGGAUGUGAGCGGUUAAGCCAGCUGUGGUGGCGUGCAUGCAGUGAAGGUGGAGGAGAAGAGGACCACCACAGGGCAUUGCGUUCCCUCCUCCUGGGAGCAGCUGCCAGAGCCACACAUGCUCUUACUCCGCUCACAGCUCCAAAUGCUGUACCACCACCACCACCAACCUCCAUGUCCUCUGCUGCCCCGGCACAGCAGACUGGUGACAGCAAAGACCCCCGCAUGGUGGCCAUGAUGCAGCAGUAUACUGAUAUUCUGGUCAAUAUGGUCCAGCAGAAGAUGGCAUCACACCAACCUCCGCCAGGACCCACGUGAUCAAACUCAUGUCACAACAUACAGUCAUGCAACUUCAACCUCAUACAGUCAUAUGGCUUGACCUGAAAAAUGUACAGAAUAAGUUCAGUGCCCAGUUUUGAGAUAGAUUGUCAGAUGGGUGACUCAAGCCUCUUUUUAAGAGUGUAAGGCUGUGUAUGAUUGCUUUCCUGUAAAGGAUUUUGAUCCACUUUUUAAAUAUGUGUUAUAUGUGAUUUUAGAUUCUCCUUGUUAAAUGAUAGUGUUCCCUAUGUGAUGUCAGAUAGUUAGAUUGCUGAUGAAUACAGUCUUUCUACUAGAUUUGAUGCCAUUUUAAUUUUAUUUGAUUGUUGCAUAUUAUUUUACAUUCCAGGUUGUCUGUGACAUUUGUUUCCAUAGUGGGUAGGAGUGUCAUUUUAUUUAUUGAUUAUUUUUUCAUAUGACCUCUAGAAGCCCCAUUUGCUGCCAAAGCUCUCAUGACCACUGUGUGAUUGUAAUUAUCUUUGAGGACAACAAACAUGUAUGUAUGUAUGUAUGUAUAUACAUAUGUACCUUGACUUUAUAUGUGUAGUAGAGAGAAGUUCCUUCAUAUUAUACCACUGUCUUCUGUGUCCCAUAACAUUGGAGUCGAAAAAUAAAGCUUAUUGCUCCUAAACUGAAAGCCAUCAAUGCAGUUUACCCUCUGUCAGCAAAUUUUGGGCCAGUCCACUGCUUUUAGCCGGUUCCCUAGAGGAGGUAUUUCCGGUAUCCAAAACUUCGAUUGUAAUGCAAAAUUUGCAUUGUUCAAGUUUACAAAAUGUAAUUGUGUGUCAUAGUUUUAGAUUUGAUUGCUUAAAGGUUCUUGUUCAGUACCACUUCCUCCUGAAAUGUGGUUCAGCAAAGUGAAGAACUUUCUCUCCAUAUUCAGAAAAGAAGAAUAUUGAACAUAAAAUUAGAAAAAAAGACAAAAAAAAUGAAGACUUUCAGGCCCAGGUCUGAAAUCCACUUUUUAGCUUAGCUAUACUUUUUUGACAUUGGUCAUCAUGCUGGUGAGGAUGGUAAAAUAUGUAGGAACUACUCAUUAUAUGUUCAUGUUCAUAUACAUACACAUAUAAUAUAUAGACAUUCAUGUAUAGCCUUGCAUAAAAU